AUGUCAUCAGCACCGGCCAAAGACAAUAGCAACCACCCGGCGGUCAAGGGGCCAAGUGCCCUUCGGUCCAUCAUUGCCGGCUCAACUGCGGGCGCUGUCGAAAUUGUCGCAAAGACCAGGACACAGCUCAACCGCAGGUUAGCAGAGGGCAAGAAGCUGCCAUGGCCGCCUUUCGGUGCUCAGUGGUAUGCCGGGUGCACCACGCUGAUUAUCGGCAACUCGGCUAAGGCGGGCAUUCGUUACAAGAAGAUGCUGGCUGACGCCGACGGCAAUGUCUCCGGUCCUCGGACCGUGAUUGCGGGUUUCGGCGCCGGUGUGACCGAGUCUCUGCUCGCUGUCACACCGACAGAAAGUAUCAAGACCACCCUCAUCGAUGACCGCAAGUCCGCCAAACCUCGCCUCCGCGGGUUCCUCCACGCCGUUCCAAUCAUUGCCCGCGAACGUGGUAUCCGCGGUUUCUUCCAGGGUUUCGUGCCCACCACCGCCCGUCAAGCGGCGAAUAGUGCUACUCGCUUCGGUUCCUACACUGCUUUGAAGCAGCUCGCCGAGAGCUACACAGCGCCGGGAGAGAAGCUCGGCGGUGUGGCUACCUUCGCCAUGGGUGGUAUCGCAGGGUUGAUCACCGUCUAUGUGACCCAGCCUCUUGAUACCAUCAAGACGCGUAUGCAAAGUAUCGAGGCCAAGCAACUCUACGGCAACUCGUUCCGGUGCGCGAGCAUCAUCUUCAAGCAAGAGGGCGUGUUGACUUUCUGGAGCGGCGCGCUGCCACGAUUGGCGAGGUUGAUUAUGAGCGGUGGUAUUGUGUUUACCAUGUACGAAAAGAGCAUGGACCUGUUUAACAAGCUAGACCCAGAGGGCAGGUAUCUAUAA